AUGUACGGCAACGGAACAAGCGGCUCUGACGUCGGCGGCUUUAAUUACACGGAUGAAUACUUUGACGGCGGCAACUGUUCCGCGUUGCCCACGUCGCCGUCGUCCGUGUUCAACAACGACACAGGCUGCUACGAGGAUCCCGUCGUCGUCAUCGUCAAGAACUAUUGGGCCCUUGGGCUGGUUGUGUUCCCAAUUCUCACGCUGUUUGGAAACGUACUGGUUAUAAUCAGCGUGUGCCGGGAACGGGCCCUGCAGUCCGUCACCAAUUACUUUAUCGUCAGUUUGGCGCUGGCUGAUCUGCUGGUCGCCCUCGUGGUCAUGCCGUUCGCCGUCUACGUACUGGUGAGUGCAUCGCGCCUCAGGUUAUUUUGA